GGCCAUAGACGCACAGAUAAUAUAGUACGGAACAAAGUUUCAUAGGAUAUUUGGUUGCGUGUAUAGCAGGAGAUGAGCCUACCAAUUUCGGCAGAAGACCAGGAUAUUGGUCAGCUCGUCCAUCGUGCAGGUCAAUACAGGUUGAUGGUAGAGCGGAGUCAAUAGAUAAGAAAAUAUCACGGCUAGAUGCAGAACUGAUGAAAUACAAGGAUCAAAUGAAAAAAAUGAGAGAUGGGCCAUCCAAGAACAUGGUAAAACAGAAAGCCCUGCGAGUUCUCAAGCAGAAAAGAAUGUAUGAACAGCAGAGAGAUAAUCUAAACCAGCAAUCUUUUAAUAUGGAACAAGCCAAUUAUACUAUUCAGACACUAAAGGACACAAAAACAACGGUGGAUGCAAUGAAAGUAGGAGCUAAGGAAAUGAAAAAGGCUUACAAGCAAGUCAAAAUUGAUCAGAUUGAGGACUUGCAAGAUCAGUUGGAGGAUAUGAUGGAGAAUGCCAAUGAAAUCCAGGAAUCACUUAGUCGAAGCUAUGGAACACCUGAAAUUGAUGAAGAUGAUCUUGAGGCUGAGCUGGAUGCUCUAGGAGAUGAACUUUUGUUAGAUGACGACACCUCAUAUUUGGAUGACGCUGUCUCUGCCCCAACUAUCCCAGAAGGGGUUCCCAGUGACUCCAAAAAUAAGGAUGGAGUACUGGUUGAUGAAUUUGGAUUGCCACAAAUCCCUGCUACCUAAAUACAUCGGGAAAAAAACACACAGUUUUUUGCAUUAUGAAAGAAUAUAUAAUUCUAAGUAGCUGUCCAGUAUACACUAAUUAAAGAUUAUUAAUUACUUUUGAAAGCAGUUUUUAUUUAUCCCAGUUGUCUGGGUCUGACCCUUAUAACUCUGCAACAAGUGUCCCCUCUAGGUCUUUUUAUCAGCUGACUUGCAACAUUGAUUCAGGGUUCAGAGCUCGAUGUGUAGACAAUGUAAGCAGACAGGCUGCUGUUAGUAACAAUACAUUUUUAAAUAUCUUAAUGUGAUGUAUAUUGGACAUUUUCUUAAUAUUACAUUUUAAUUCACAGUGCAAAAUCUCUUUCUAGGUGGAGGACCCCUUUAAUUUAACUCCAGAAAUGUAUGCAACUUACUUACUAUAACCCCAUGUUCAAAUGCUUGUGAAUAUUAUUGCUUUGUAACUUUUUGAUAAAAGCAAACCUUUUUAAAUGAUGCUGAAUAUCAGGUGACAGGUUUUCUUGGGAUAUGUUUGUUCAUUCUAAAAAUUAUGAAACUGUUAAUAAAGAGUGAUAAAUGAUU